UGGAAGAACGCUCCACCAGCGGCAACAGUCAACUUUCAAUGGCAUUCUUCAGUCGAUAGUCUUUAGAUCUCAACUACAGAGCUGCAUCGAUUUAAGAUUUUACUGAAUUGAAAAAACAAGAACAGAUUUGGUUCGCUUCCAAAAAUUGAACUCAGAAGCAGAGUAGCAGAUAGAUCGCAAUGGCAAGGGAAGCGGAACAAGUACAAGUAGUAGAAGAAUUGGAAGGUUCAGUAGAUGCCAUGGCCUUUCCGCUCCUAGCUCAGGGUCACAUUAUUCCCUUCAUGUGCCUCUGCGAGCUCCUCGCAUCAAAAAAUCUCAAUGUCGUUUUUCUCACAACCCCCCUCAAUGCAAAGCGCCUCAGAGCAAAACAAAACCCAAUUUCUUCAUCACGCGUUCGCAUCAUGGCAUUCCUCUGCCUUCCAUGGCGACUCUGCCAGCAGGCGCGGAAAACACAGACCAAUUGCUGCACCCGCAAUUUUUUACUCUGUUCGCCGCAAUGGAACAAAUGGAGCCCUCUUUCACAGAACUGGUCAUCCGACUGAGACCAAAGUGCUUAAUUGCUGAUUUCUGCCCUCUUUUUUUGCCCGCUGUCGCCGACCAGUAGAAAAUUCCAGUCUUUUUCUAUGCCACCAUGGGCACCUACGGGUUGAGUAUGAUGCAGGCCAUCGUAAAUAACAUGCCUCUGGUUAUUCCGGCGGACGGCCCGCCGCCGGUGCUUCUUCCGGGUCUUCCCAAACCGGUUUUGUUCCACGACUAGGAUAUUGUUCAUCCUUACAGAGGGGCGGGCCGGAUUGGGAAACCCUACGAUUUGUUUUCCAGUUUUUUUGAGCAUAUUAGGCGUAGUCAGAGCGUGAUAAUGAACACAUUUGAGGAAAUGGAGGGUGAGUUUGUGGAUCAUGUGCAGAGCUCAUUUGGGGUUCCCGUGUGGAGUAUUGGCCCUGUUUUAAGCAGUCCGUCGGGGGAUUUUGAGGAGGGAGGUGUUAAGGACUGGUUGGAUCAUCGGGAUGUCGGGUCAGUGGUUUAUAUUAACUUUGGCAGCGAGAUUUCGCUUUCUGGGGAGCAGAUUAAGGUGGUUGCGGAGGGUUUGGAGGCGAGCGGGCAGUGUUUUUUGUGGGCGGUGAAGAAUCCUCCCGGGGGUGAAGGGUUACAGAUUGCUGUUCUUCAGCAAGGAUUUCGAGAGCGCGCGGCGGACCGCGGUCUAGUGGUCACGGGUUGGGCUCCCCAACAGGCUAUUUUAAGUCAUCCUUCAACUGGGGGCUUCCUGAGCCACUGUGGGUGGAACUCUACGCUAGAGAGUAUCAGUAAUGGAAUACCUAUCUUGGCCUGGCCAUUUCAGCACGAUCAGCCCUUUGUUAAGAAGCUACUGGUUGAAGAGCUACGAGUGGCUGAGGAGGUUAAGAGGGAGGCUGUGGGAAAUGGUGUUUUUACCGUAACAAGUGCAGAGAUAGAGAGGGGGGUGAAAUUAAUAAUUGAAGGGAAGGAAGGCAGAGACAUGAGAAGAAGGGCAUGUGAUUUGAAAGAUGCAGCAAUACAGGCAGUAGGAGAGGGUGGAAGUUCCUUCACUAAUCUACAGAAAUUUGUAUCCUUAAUCCACAACAUUCCAAUCAAAUGAACCCGAUUUCCAUGUUAAAGUCAAACGUUAAUUAACAAGUUGGGAUGCAAUACUGAAUAUCAUCUCCAUGAUUGCAAAUCCACUGCAUCAGUAACUGAUGCAAAUCUAGUUGAAACUAAUAGAAAUGGUUACGAAAGGCUGAUUAUGAGGCAGAACCUGUAUUAAGAAAAAGAGAAUGACUUCAAGGUUCUGGCUGAUUAUUUGGCAGAACCAUUUAAUAUUAUGAGAGAGAUGAAGAAAAGAGAAUGACUUUUGAACAACUUUCAAUCAACCAUUUUAUGCCAACAAUCCAAAAAUGAUACAUGUCCAUUGGGAGAGAGAAGAAGAGAUAAAAUUCUAGAUUAUGGCUAAAUUUUGGUAUCAUAAUGCAAGAUAAUAUAAAUAAUGGGCAACAGAACUUAAAGUAGGAAGACAUGUAAAUGAAAAUUUCUAAGACUUAAAGUAGGAAGACAUGUAAAUGAAAAUUGCUAGACUAUGACCAUAUGACCAUAUAUUUAAUGAUAACAUUAGAAAAAUUGAAAGAAUCUAUUAGAGUGAGAAUAUCAUAGGUAACACAUACAUUAUUUUAGAAUUUUAGUUUACUCAUGACUUAGGAGAUUCUAUAAGAGAAAAUUUAUUCAUAAAUGAAUUCUAUCUUCUUUAUCUUCUUUACUUAUUUCAUGCAUUGAGUGAUUCCAUUUCAUAAUAAUGCAAAAGAGAAAAUAUAGUUUAGUAAACAAAAAUUUGGUGGAUUGUAUUAUUUGGGCCACAGUUAUGCUAGUGAUGCAAAUUAAUUCUACCUAAUUUCAAAAUAUAACUUGCUUAAUGUUCUCAUAAAUGACCUCAUGUAUUACCUUACUAUACGCUAAAAAUGCCAAACUUAAUGAAUGCCAUCAUCAUUGACGCGCGCACACACACACACAUUGAAAAACCACAAUGACAAAAUAAGCUUAUAAUACUUACUUUCAGUCUUCUUAUGUUAAAGAGAAUUAUACAUUUCCUUUGAAAAACAAUAUUUCUUAUUUUCAAAGUACAACUAUCAUAAUUAAACAAAAUAUAAACACCAUAAAUAAAUUUCUUCAACCCAUUCAAUUAAGGGAGAGGAUCAAAUAAUUGUGCACUAAGUCAUGAUUUGUUACUUUUUGGUUCUAAAGUAUACAUUUCAUUCAAUUAUGAUAUUCAUUAUCAACACUAACAACUUUAAAGUCACAAGUAUUUUUUAUAAUGUUGGUAAAAAUAUUAGACAUUAAAUCAACAAAUGCUAUCCCAACUAUUGAAACAAACUCAACUAGUGAAACCUACUCAAGUCUUGAAGUUCUUCAACCUAUUCAAUUAGGGGAAAGGAUCAAAUAAUUGAGCACCUUACCUCCACACUUCUCAAAAUCUUACGUGAAAUUUUCAAAUCACUUCCAGGUUUUUACAGCAGCUUACUUGGCAAGUCCCCUACUUAUAACUAAGGUUUCAAGGCCACGUCAUCAAAUAUGAUGCCACAUCAAAAUGUUUUUUUGUUGAAGUGUGGGGAAAGUCUCAAAAAAAGUGAUACUAGUAAUUGUGCACUAAGUCCUGAUUUGUUGCUUUUUGGAUCUAAACUAUAUAUUUCAUUCUAUGACGUACUCAUCAUCAACACUAACAACUUUAAAGUCACAAGUAUUUGUAUAAUAUUGAUAAAAAUAUUAAACAUUAAAUCAACAGAUACUUUCCCAACUAUUAAAACAAACUCAACUGAUGAAACCUGCUCC